AUGACCAACAUGGGGCGUUUGAAGAAUUGGCGCUGUUCAAGAACUUGUCUUAAGUGCCCAAGUGUCAUGCCCGAAGGAAGCAUGGGGGCUGGGAUACUGCCAGGUUUCCCAAAUCUAGACUGGAGAAGUCGAGAUGCGGUGGUCGGGUUCGGAACACGAACCUUCCGGUCAGCAAACUGGCGUUAUCUUGGCCCCUUGGAACUAAAGCAAGGUGGCAGCAGAGUUCCGAAAGAACCUAAACCGGACGUCGAAAGCACAGCAGAUUUUCCUACGUUAGACGCUGCAAUACGGACAGAACCUGCACCUAGCAAAGUUCAAUCUAAGGCAGAGCGGGAAGAAGAAGCUUCAUGGUCACAAGCCGGAGUCCCGCGGAAACCCACUCGAACCUCCGAGAUGCUACCAAUCGCCGUCAAUCCAGCACCCUCCUCCUACGUUUCUCCUGGGCUCAGAAAAGGUGGUUCCUCCAGUUUGGUUACCCCUCGUACAGAAAGUACUUUUGACAACCGACCCUCUCGAGAUGAGUUCUCGCACCGCAACGAGUCCACUUUUGGGUCUCGAAGGUCGGAAGCUUUCACAUCACGAGAUGCUCCAUCCAAUUUCUCAGCUGUUGAUGGAUGGUCCCGUGGCCAAACGAUCGUACGCGACUCGACCACCCCCAACAGAUCAUCGAUUACCACCCCAAUUUCGCUGCCUUCCCGAACGACUGCCAUUAGUUCAGGUUCCACUGGCGGCGAAGGAGGUGGAGGCUGGGAACGAGGCGCAGCUAUGAAGACUUUCCGAGACAGUGACCGUGAGAAAGCCCAGUUCGAGUUGGUACAAUCGAAUCGUUUCGCUGGGCUGAGCGAAACGUGAACUCACAAGCUGACUAACAUGAAACGCUUCCCAUUUGUGAAGUAUUCCUAUCUUUACGGGUGGUCAGUUCUACCACAGAUAAACCUGAACCAUCCCCUCUACGAACAAACUCUGAGUACAGUUUUUUGUAUAUCCCCACAGCAACUCUUGCCAGUGAAUUUGUGAGCUUCGGUGUACGUGGUACCGCCUUGUGCAUAGAGCAGUUCAUUUUAUACUUUUUAUCGUGUAACUCUUCAUCUCUGUCUACUCCUAGUUACCGGCCGAAUGUGAACACAACGUGUGCAACCUUCUACCGCUUGUCACGCCAGUUAAGACCUAUUUGGCAUGUGAACUUGAUGUACUUGUUGUCGCUGCUGUGGGUCUUUUGGACUUUUCUUUCUCCAUACCGUCAUAAACCAUCAGAUGUUCUUUGGUUGGCGUCCCCUCUCGUCUUUUCCACUUCGGUAAUGGAUUAUCUGCAAGAACUUUCCCACUCACUUCCGGAGGUUUUACGUCUUCUUACGCAUGCUGUAGGACUGGAGAGCGAUUUUAUUCUCAGAAUGGGUAAAUCCACCUUCAUACAAAGUUCAGUGGCUUCUUGACAGGACCCUGCUCGUUGAAAUCCAUUCGGGCUCAAGAAAUACGACUCCGGUUUUUCUCCCCUGCACACAUUUUUGCAACUCUGCACCUUAGCUUAUGUUGUGCUAGGAUAUUUGCUUUUGUUCUAGCACCGGGAUUUGAACUCGUGGUUUUGGCCAGCUUACUUAUCCUCCAGUGUUGAACGUCGUGGUUGAUAAGGGAAACGACGAUUUGUUUCGCUUGUUUUCUUCCGUAGAAAUAAGUAGAAACUUUCCCACUAACCCGGUUAUUUAUGGGAUUUC